AUGUCGUCAUUCUUCUCAAUCCCCGGCAGCCAAAAGAAGCGCAAGAGAAAUGUGUCUUCAGAAGCGCCCAAAAAGAAGAUUGCCGUGCAGCGAAGCAAUGGCAAGCCCCGCGGCAACAAAUCCGCUGCGACACCAAAGAAGCGAGCACGGCGGGACGACUCAGUCUCCGAAAGUGAGUCGGACGAUGACGAUGACGACUCUGUCGUUCAGUCCGACGAACAAGAAGAUGUAGACGAUAGCGAAUCUGAAGAGAGCGAAGAAGAAACCGCCGCCGAACGAAGAUUGCGUCUAGCCGAGCGCUACCUCCAGAAUGUCAAGCAGCACGUCGACGAAGCUGGCUUUGACGCUGCCGAUAUCGAUCGGGACAUGAUCGCUGAACGAUUAGAAGAGGACAUUGCAGAGACCAAGGGAAAGGUCUAUCGUCAGUUGGCGCCCGAAUUGGCCCUUCAACAAUCGUCACAAACAUUCUUUCGAACAAACACCCAUGCCAUCACUGGUGUCGCCGCAUGCGCUCCAUAUGUGUACACCGCAUCAAAAGACAUGUUUCUCCACCGAUGGAGAACACAAGAUCUGCCAAAGGAUCAAUAUCCCCAAACAACAAAGCGCAAACCCAAAAAAGCCGCCGCACCCCCCAGAAGAAAACCCGAGCUCGAAACCUGGAUCAGAGGAAACACUGCCAAAGCUGGAGAGCGAUACUUUAAACGUCAUACUGGCCGAAUUCUCACUGUUGCGGCCUCACCAGAUGGCAAAUACGUCGUAACUGGAGGAGAAGACAAGAAAAUUAUUGUCUACGAGGCAGAGACGUUGAAGCCGAUCAAGGUUCUCACCCACCACCGUGAUGCUGUCACGGGACUUGCCUUUCGAAGAGGUACAAACCAGCUCUACUCUUGCUCCAAAGACAGAACAGUCAAGGUUUGGAGUCUGGAUGAAAUGGCUUAUGUCGAAACGCUAUUUGGCCACCAAGACGAAAUCGUGGACAUUGACGCACUGGCGCAAGAGCGCUGUAUCAGCGUUGGUGCGCGCGAUCGUACUGCGCGCCUCUGGAAAGUCAGCGAGGAAACACAGCUCGUCUUCCGCGGCGGCGCUGUCGACAAGAAACCGAAGAGUUCGGCAGUAGACAAGCGCUCAUUGCUGGCAGAAGGCACCAUGGACCGCAUCGCCAUGAUUGACGACGAAUUGUUUGUGACUGGAAGCGACAAUGGUUCCAUUUCGCUCUGGAGCGUCGCUAAGAAGAAGCCUGUGUACAUUGAGGUGCUGGCACAUGGCGUUGAUCCGCCACUCGAACCUCAAGCCGCUUCUGCCGAAAUGGAACCCAGAAGCGCCGAGAUCCCUGCGCAAACGCCACGCUGGAUCACAGCACUCGAGACGAUACCAUACUCUGACAUCAUCCUCAGCGGCAGCUGGGACGGGCAAAUUAAAGCCUGGCGGCUUUCGGAGGAUAAGCGCAAAAUCGAACUCUUGGGUUCGCUUGGCAGACAAGAAAGCGAGAGCUCAACAAAGACCACCGGCAUGGAAACGACGGAGCAAGAUGGCGAGGACGACAGAAACGCUGCGUAUAAGCAGCAACCGCAGCGUCCCAUCGAGGGCAUCAUUAAUGGCAUCACUGCCUUUGAGCGCGGCGAUCGCGGCAAAGAUGGACUGUGCAUUGUGGCCGCAGUAAGUAGCGAGCACCGCCUCGGUCGGUGGAAGGUGCAAAAGGGCGUGAGAAACGGUGGCGUCAUCUUUGAGGUGCCUCGCAUCUCAAAGGAGGUGACCAACGGCCACGCGGAAAACGUGGACUCGGAUGAAUGA